CCGUCGACUAAAUUGUAGUACCCGUAACACGUAGGCAUAUCCAUUUCUAUUAUUAUUAUUUUUACCCUUCUUCCUUCAUUUUACUCAUUUCAUCAAAUUCCUUCAUUUUCAUCCUAUUUUCAUUUUCCUUUCGUCUAAAGAAUAAUAAUGAAACUAUUAUCACUGUCACAAAAUCUCUAACCUAAUAAACCUAAAUCCUUACAAAAACUAAAUUGAGUGUUGUUGAAGAUGGAAAUGGUUCCUUGGCAUGGUAUCAGCUGCUGUUUGAGUGCUGCUGCUCUUUAUCUUCUCGGUAGAUCCAAUGGCAGGGAUGUUGAUUUUCUUAAAUCGGUUAACCGGGUCAAUCAACUGAAGGAGCUAGCACAACUGUUGGAUGAAGAAGUAAUUCCCUUGGUUGUUGCAAUUUCUGGAAGAGUUGGUUCUGAAACCCCAAUUAGCUGCGAGUUCAGUGGUUUAAGAGGUGUAAUAGUUGAAGAAAGAGCAGAACAACAUUUUCUUAAACACAAUGAUGCUGGUUCCUGGAUACAAGAUUCUGCGUCAAUGUUAUCCAUGAGUAAAGAAGUUCCUUGGUAUCUGGAAGAUAAGACUGAUCAUGUGCGUGUAUUUGGAGCUCGGGGUGCUACUGGUUUUGAAUUACCUGUUGGAAGCGAGGCAUUUGAACAGUCGGGUCUGGAUCUUGAGCGUGGAAAGUUGGAUUAUAUCCAAGGUCUAAAGAUGCUGGGAGUGAAGAGAAUUGAACGGGUACUUCCAGUUGGAACUUCCAUGACCGCUGUUGGUGAGGUCACUAGAGACGAUGUUGGAGCCAUUCGAAUUCAGCGAUCCCUCAAAGGGCCAUUUUUUGUCUCUCUCAAAUCAAUUGAUGAACUCAUUGCAAAUCUUGGGAAAUGGGCAAGUUUGUAUAAGUGCGCUUCUGUGGGCUUGACAGCGUUGGGUGUUUAUAUGAUAGCCAAUCAUGCUAUUCGAUACAUCUUGGAACGACGGCGUCGCAGUGAAUUCCAGAAAAGGUUACUCGCUGCAGCUGCUAAGAGGUCUGGACAAGAUAAUGAAGGUGAAAAGGCUGACAUUUUAUCCGAUAGUGCUAAAAGGGAAAGUGCAAUGCCAAAUUUAUGUGUAAUAUGCCUUGAGCAGGAAUAUAACUCUGUUUUUGUUCCGUGUGGACAUAUGUGCUGCUGUACAGCUUGCUCUUCGCACUUGACCAGCUGUCCUCUUUGCCGGAGACAGAUAGAGAAGGCAGUAAAAACUUUCCGUCAUUGAGUAUUGAGCAUACAUAAAUCGACAUCAGAAUGAGGAAUCAUACCUUAUGAAUCCAACAGCAACAAUUUAGUCAACGGUGAUUAUAUAAUUUAUGCAAUUUUUAAUCCACCAUCUAUGUCUUUGCGCAAUCUCGAAACACUUUCAAAUAAGCAUCAAGAUGGUUACUUACUGUUGGUUCUCUUGGCAUCUUAAAUUGUAAAUAUUUACUAUCCGAAUUCCGAACUAGUUGCAUGUUAGUCCAAUUGCUAAGUGCUAUUUGCAUAUAUAUAUGUAUCUUCUUUUUACAUUAUGCUGAUUGUUCUGAUCUGACACAUGAUAUAACUUACCCUGUAUGUAGAUUUCCUUAAAAGCUUAUAUGAUGCAUGUUAGCAAACACAUUUUGUUAAUGUGACCCGAGAUUUCUUCUCUGCUUUUCCUUA